UUACAAAUUUCCCUGGGCUUGGGGAAAAUUCUUGGCUGAUCGCAAACUGGUCACGACGGCUACUUUAUUCAGAGAAUUUUUGAACGCUUCAGACGAAUCGGGAUGCGAGGCUGACAUGGCAGACGGCCCUGAGGAGGGCGGAGGGGCCGACGUACCCCACGGGGACAGACAUUACACCGGGCUGGCCAGAAUAGAAUCGUUUCACAGGCCUUUAGACACAACAUUAGAAUCUACCUUAUCAGAUCGUAGACUAGACGAAGAAAUCAGUCGAAGAAUCACCUCCAAUAUUGAUCAAGGAGUUGAUAGAUUAACCAAUUUCCAAUCGAACGUUGACAGGCUAUCUUCUGGCAUAGAUAGGUUGACCGCUGGAGUAGAUAAUUCUAACACAGAUAUUUUAUCUCUGCAACCCAUGGGAAUAGCAUCAGGUCUCGAUUUGGCCCUCUCUGGAUUCGGAGAUAGGGAGAAAGCAAUCGGUGUUGCUCCUGGUUUGGAGACAGGAGGAGAAAGGGAUAGACAGAUGGGUGUUUCAACGGAGAUAGACAGGGAGAAAACAAUGAUGCGGGGCGAAGAUGUUAUUAUGAAGCAAGAAAAUGAUCAAUCCGCCACUUGCUUGGAGCAGCAGAUGGUUCCCAUCAACUUGAAGUCAGAGGCGGGUGAAAAUAUAUAUAGAGAAAAUCAGACAGAAGGGGAAAGCGACCGUUCAAGCGAAAAUUCCAGCCAAAGUCCUGAGCCAGUCUCAAAUGCCAACGCCAUCAAUUCUCUCCUUACUGGACCCACUUCCUCUAUCUACCAGAGAUCAUCAUUGCCGACACGGCAGAAAUCUCCAACAACGCUGCAAGAAGAGAAUAAUCAUUUUUCCAGUGAAAAACGUCUUAACAAUAACACAAGCCCAAUAAUUGGUAGGAGGAGUCCUUUGAAUCAGUUAAAUUUAGGAGGAUUGGAUGCCAAGAGCCUUGGAUUACCAACCAGAGAUUUGGUUAAUAAUAAUGCAAGUUUAGUUGGUCAUCAUCUAAAUGGAACUGUUGCAAGCAUGCUCGGUUUACAAAAUCUUCCACCGUUGGGAGCACCAUCUCCAGUCACGAGUCAAAUAUCAUCUCGCCUUUCAUGUACUCCAGCAUUAGGAGCUCCUUUGAAUUUGAGUGUUGGUGGUCAACCACAAGGGUUAUUCCGAGGAUUAACCAGCUCACCUUCGCCAGUGAGCAUGAACGUCCAAGGAGCAGUUCCAGCCCCCAUGCCUCAACUUAUCUUGGCUAGUGGUCAAAUGGUACAAGGAAUACAGGGUGCACAACUAUUAAUACCCACAUCACAAGGUCUAGCAACUCAAACAAUCCUCACUAUACCAGUGUCCCAUGUCAAUACAAAUGACCAAAUGGUAAAUCUAGCCCUCUCCUCCGGUCAAGUUAUAACAGCUUCUUUAGCAGAACUCCAAGCAAUGGCUGAAUCUACCAGGCAGAUGCAACAGCCUUCUUCAGAUGAGCAACUUGUUCGCGUGCGACAACUUCUUGACGCUUUUCGCAAGCAGCAGCAAAUCAGGGAACGAAUGGAUAGAGAAGUCAAAACUUCCAGGAAUGAUCAUGUUGAAAGUAUGGCGAUUGAUCAACAUACUAAAUCGACAAUUGAACAACAACAUGAAAAGUUGAUGGAGCAACAAAUGGAACAGCAUCAACAGAAGAUGCUGAUUGAGCAGCAUCAACAAAAAUUGAUGAUAGAACAACAUCAGCAAAAGCUUAUGAUGGAGCAGCAUCAACAGAAGUUGAUGGAACAAAGAUUGUUGGAAGCAGGUGAAAGAGAAAGGAGUAGAAGUGAAAAGACUGUUCGGCAGCAUAUGAGCAUGGCGUCUCACAGGUUUCCUCCAAUGUCUUCUGAAAAUGUUCAAAACGGUCUCUCUACAUCUAAUACAACAUUAUCGCCUACAAUACCACGGCUAAAUGGAGAAUUAACAAUAACACCAGCAAACACCAAUAAUAGCUCAUCCCUUGUCAGUUCAUUAGGUAGCACAGGCAUGAAUUCUAGUGGAAUAGGCUCGAACUUGUCAGCAAAUUUAUUAGGUGGACUACCAAGCAUUCUUCAACAAUCACAAGACCACCUCAUGAGUUUGAAAAGGUCGCCAAUGUCCACGCACAGCGAGCAGGACGAUGAAAAUGAUCUCUUGAUGGAAGAUUGUGGAAAUCAACCAACAAUAAACCAAACAAACUGCAACACUGUGGAUGGAAUAAAUCUAGAUGAGAUAAAAGAAUUUGCUAAAGCCUUCAAAUUAAGAAGGCUCUCUUUAGGUUUAACGCAAACCCAAGUCGGCCAAGCCCUUUCGGUCACAGAAGGCCCGGCUUAUAGUCAGAGCGCCAUUUGCAGUGCCCUGGCCGCACAGAUGUUUGCUGCUCAACUAUCGACACAACAUCAAAAUAUGUUUGAAAAACUGGACAUUACACCGAAAAGCGCCCAAAAAAUUAAACCUGUUCUUGAGCGAUGGAUGAAAGAAGCUGAAGAAAGGUACAAAAGUGGACAGAACCAUUUGACCGACUUCAUAGGCGUGGAGCCAUCCAAGAAACGAAAAAGGAGGACAUCAUUUACGCCUCAGGCUUUGGAGUUACUAAAUGCCCAUUUUGAGAGAAAUACACAUCCUUCAGGUACUGAAAUAACAGGGUUGGCCCAUCAGUUGGGCUACGAGCGCGAGGUCAUCCGCAUCUGGUUCUGCAAGCGCCAAGCAUUGAAGAACACAGUGCGCAUGAUGUCCAAGAGCAUGUGUAAUGUAAAAAUUUACAUUAGCUGUUCGUGA